CCUUAUUAAUUUGCUAGAGAUUCUCCAAAUAGCUUAGUCACAUUAAGUUCUGGGCUUAAAGUUAGCAACUGUUUAUAGAAGAGGUUUAUACAGUGAGAGUUAUUAAUGAUGGUAGAGUUAACUCCCCUGACAUUGUUAAGGGUAAUCAAAAUAGACUUCGCUGGUGUUGUUUAUCGUGUCAAUAUACACUUUGGUAGUCUGCAAUUGGUAUGUAAAGAAAAUCAACUGGAAUAACGAUGUUAGCUUCUUUAAGCUUUAUCGUUGAAAUUCAGUUGUCUAUUUACAGCAAUCACUGUUCGUAUUAAUUAACUGUCCACUUUAGAAGACCACGUAUAUAAAAUUGGGACUUAAUUGUUAUAUUUUUCUGGUAACAUUGAGAGAAGAUAUAUUUACAAACGUAAGAAAGUUUAAAAACUACAGAAUGACAUAAUCAUCAAGAAGGCUGUGAUUAGAUAACUCUAAAAGAUUUUAGUGUUGAUUGGAAAUAUACUGGCUGGGUGGUGGCAGUCAUAUUAGAGAAGAUUUGACAUACUACAACUGUUUUUCUGUAGUAUCUGAUAUAUGCUUUUUUGAAAUAUUGGUGCAAGAAGAAAUUAUGGAAGAUAAACUGUGUGGGAGUGAGGUUGAGGGUGAAAACCCCUCCAAGAAUACUCGUGUAUCUCAUAAAAGACUGACAAAUAUGGGAAAGAAAUUAAAGCUACCUGAUAAGUCUUCUAAAACAUUUACGCAUAAUAGUAAUAUCAGUGGACCGAAAUUUAUUAACACCAGUUCAUUGCGUUAUCGCUGUGAUAUUUGUGGUAAAAAGUUCAUGGUUAAAGGCUUUUUGUCUGUACACAAACGUAUUCAUACAGGUGAGAAACCAUACCACUGUGAUAUCUGUGGUGACACAUUCUCUGAGAGAGGACAGCUAAUUAGUCAUAAAAGUGUUCACACAGGUGAGAAACGACAUCAAUGUGGUAUUUGUGGUAAAGCAUUCUCAAUGAGUUAUCAGUUAAUUACUCACAAACGUGUUCACACAGAUGACAAACCAUACCACUGUGAGAUUUGUGGUAAAUCCUUCUCACAGAAAGAUGGAAUGCUUGUGCAUCAACGAAUUCAUACUGGGGAAAAACCUUACCAUUGUGAUGUUUGUGGUAAAGAUUUUGCUUAUCAUAGUAGCUUAGCGUAUCACAUACGUGUUCACACUGGUGAAAAACCAUACCAUUGCGAGAUCUGUGGGAAAGAUUUUGCUCACCACAGUAGUUUAACUUAUCACAUACGCGUUCAUACUGGUGAAAAACCCUAUCAUUGUGAUAUCUGUGGUAAAUCUUUCUUACACAGAGGUAGCAUGCUUGAUCAUAGACGUAUUCAUACUGGUGAAAAACCAUACCAUUGUGAUAUCUGUGAUAAAACUUUCUCUCAGAGUACAACUUUAACUAAUCAUAAAAGUAUUCACACAAAUGAGAAACCAUACCAAUGUGAUAUCUGUGGUAAAAAUUUCACUCGGAGUAAUAGUGUAACUAUUCACAGACGUAUUCAUACAGGGGAAAAACCCUACCACUGUGAUAUCUGUGAUAAAACUUUCACUCAGAGUGGUAGUUUGAUUUCUCACAGGCGUUUUCAUACGAAUGAGAAAUCAUACCACUGUGAUAUCUGUGGUAAAACUUUCACUCGGAGUAAUAGUGUAACGAUUCACAGACGUAUUCAUACAGGGGAAAAACCCUACCACUGUGAUAUCUGUGAUAAAACUUUCACUCAGAGUGGUAGUUUGAUUUCUCAUAGACGUGUUCAUACAAAUGAGAAAUCAAAACACUGAAUUAGAACUUCGAAUCUCAAAUGCAUUUUGGCAUUUAUGAGAACCUAUAACACUGUGGAGAGCAAGAAUGGCUGAAUAAAUAGCAUAGCAUUUACCCAGUUUAAAUGUUUGCAGUUUGUAUUCUGUUCUCAAUCCACUAAUUCUAUCUAUUGUAUUAGGUAUGGUAUUGUAGGAACAACUUCCUACUGCAUGUAGCACAGAAAUUGAUUUGUAUGUUUUCCAUAUUGGAUUGUUCAACCAAAUCUAACAGGCUGGAGGAUUACAUCUUGUUCCAUUGUCUCAGUUCUAUGGUUUCUACAGCUAUAUGUCCUUCCUAACACCAGUCACUUCAGUGUACAGGAUGAAUUUUUUGUGGAACCAUCACUGUAGAGAUUCCCUUGCCCUCAAUUUGACUAAAAUGUCCCUUCAAGCUCUAUGUUGCCACUCCUCGAUUUGAUUUAUCAACCACUUAGUCAAAUCAAUAAGUUAUUUCAUAACUUGGAGUGUUUAAUUUUCUUUCUCUUAAAGGCCAACAUAAAUCUCAUUAAUUAUAUGUGAAUAAAUUUACUGAUGAACCAGAGGCAAAAUUAACUUAAUGCACAAGCAAAAAUGAUAUAGCAAACAAUGUACAAUGGAUUCUUCAACUCAACUGAAAUAGUACACAACCAGGGACUGAGUCAUUUAGGUUGUAGAACAUUGGUUUAUGAUGAAUAUAGAAAAUUUGAGGGAUUUUAACUUUAAUAACUAUAAAAUAAACACUAUUCACUUCUACAGUUCA